ACAACAACAACACGUCCGGUGUAGAGGACGCUAUUACUUUCUUGGACAUGUACAGUAUCUGGCGAUAGCACGCACGCCCGCUGGGCACCAUUCACAGGCAGGCAGCCCACUAGCCUCUACCUGGGGGCACUCCACCACACACGCCCCCUGCCCCUCCCUCGCCGACGCCACAGGCACAGGCACUGCCGGCACUCUAACUGCACUGGCCACUUACACAAUGUCGUCCUCGUCCAAGUCUUCCUCUGUCUUGGCUUCUUACAAAAAGGGCUUCUCGUCCCCGUCUUCCAAACUGGUUCUUCUUCUUCAAUUCAGUCUGCAAGCUCAGCUUAGAAACAUUCUCUUCUCCUUUUUAUCUUUUCUUCUUCUUCUUCUCUUCUUGAAAACAUUCUUACAAGCUUCACUUCAAUAUCAGUCUCGCAUCGCUCAGAACACAACGCCCUGAUCUCGCACAGACAUUACCAUCCACAACACUUCAAUUCAAAAUUCACUUUGCUAUUUUGCGGCAAUUAUUCCAGAUUUAUUAUCUGUUCCAACUACCACAAUCCUUUUUUGUUUGUUCGGUUCACCUUACCGUUCAGAAGUACAUACACUUCCACGCUCUUUGCGACUCUCGAAUAUACCGUCAACAUCACUUGAGCUGGUCUCACCUUUUUACACCUGCACAUACGCAAACUCUCUCGACAACUUACGUUGCAACGAUAUAGACUUUUCUUCAACCAACACUCUUUCCCAUCAUGAAGUUCACUACCUCCAUUCUCGCCCUCGCCGGCCUCGCUGCUGCGCACAUGGAGAUGACCGAUCCCGCUCCCUACCGAUCAAAGAAGAACCCCAACGUCCCAUCCUCGGACUGGGACUACAACAUGGUCGACCCUCUUGCUGCCAGCGGCGCAAACUUCCCUUGCAAAGGCUACCAAUCGGCCUUUGGUACCCCCGCCGGCAAGUCGGUCAAGACUUGGAUUGCUGGACAGAAGGCAUCCAUCACUAUUGAGGGUGGUGCUUUCCACGGUGGCGGCAGUUGCCAGGCUGCCCUCUCUUCUGACAAGGCUGCCACUUGGAAAGUUAUGCAUUCUUGGAUCGGCAACUGUCCCCUCCAGGGAUCCGGCACUUUCGACUUCACCGUGCCAUCCGACACCCCAGCUGGAGAAUACAUUUUUGCUUGGACUUGGUUCAACAAGAUUGGCAACCGUGAGAUGUACAUGAACUGUGCCACCGUCACUGUUACUGGUGCUAGUGCCAAGAUGAGACGUGCUCCCGCUGCUGUUGCCUUCUCUGCCCGCCCCAACAUCUUCGUUGCCAACGUCGGUAAUGGAUGCUCUACCUCUGAGGGAACCGAUGUCCUCUUCCCUGACCCUGGGCCUGAUGUCACCAACGCAUCCCCUAAGACUGGACCUGCUGUUGGAAACUGUGCCAAGGGUUCUGGUUCCCCUCCUCCUCCUCCCGCAAGCAAGCCCGCCGCCAGCCAGCCUGCUGCAACCCAACCUGCCGCCAGCCAGCCUCCUACUAACACUCAGCCUUCCGCUGCUUCCUCCAACCUUCCCGGUGGUGUUUUUGCUACUGUUAGCCCUGUUGCCAGCAGCCAGGCUCCCGUUAGCCAGGUGCCCGUCUCCCAGGUUCCCGCAACUUCUGCCGCCCCUGUUGCCUCAUCUGCUCCUACUCCAGUUACUCCUUCUAAGGGUUCCGGUUAUUCUGCUGGAACCGCGUGCUCCAAGGAGGGAGAAUGGAACUGCAUUGGCGGUAAGCAGUUCCAGCGCUGUGCUUCUGGAACUUGGUCUGCUCCUCAGGCCGUGGCUGCUGGCACAGCCUGCACUCCUGGACAGAGCACUGAUUUCGUCAUUGCCGCUGCUAAGUAAUUGAUCGUUUGGGCUUUUUCUGUGACGGCGAGAUUGCUUCGAGGCUUUUCUUUUUCUUUCCCUCUUUUUACGAAGGUUGACGGCGAGUUGGUACUCUUGGGUAUCUCAACACUUCUAACCAGCGGCCGCCAACCUUCCGGUUUUACAUUGUAUUGAUUACGGAGAUAGAUCAGGUUGUAUGUAUAUGCAUCUUCUGUAUCUUUAUUUCGCACAUAUUAUAUAGAGUUCAGCUGCUUUGGUGCCUGUCCCGAUCGGGGCAUGACCAAGCGGCUGGAUAGGGGGUGAUAUUAGGUACAGGUUGCCUUAUAUACUAUAGAUUUUUGACUAUGACAACAUAUAUACAUCUUUCCCCAAAAGAAAACCGCGCCAAAAUAUCCUGUUGUGGUAGCAUAAUAUCUAGACUUGUCGAUGGUGUAAGUGCUGAACAGGGUCGCUAGUGUCUCUCCUAGAUAAACUCUGCGCUCCACGACUCAAGCAUAACACCACUAGAAAAAUCGGGCAAAUUUUGUCAUCAUUUUUAAGGUUGGAAG